AUGAAGUGGAAACACUCCUUUUUGUUCAUCGGAACAAAAUCAGGAUACAAUGAUGCUUCCAAGACGGACGUUCCAGAAGACUUUGACAUUGACAUGGAUAAUCCAGAGACCGAAAAGGCAGCGGUCGCCAUCCAGUCCCAGUUCAGGAAGUUCCAGAAGAAGAAGCGCAAUGAGAAGUCCUAG